UCUGGCCUUGCGACCGACUCGAGUCUCUCUUGAGCAGUAGGAGCCGAGUGCUUGGCGAAAUAAACAGCAACACUCCAGAAAAAUGGAUCUUUCUUGUUUAUUGUUUCUAGUUUUGUCUUCGGCAGCAUUUGGUCAAGAAGCCACGCAGACCCAAAGUCCACCACGUUCGUACGCACAAGCGGCUCUACCAAAACAACCGGCCGGCAAUAAUAAUGCAGCGAACGCGUCCGUUCUGUCACAACCCAGUCCUACCCAAUUUUCCUACGCCCAAGCAGCCCGCGGUGCGACUCCGAGCAGUCCUGCGGAGCAAACAACCCAAAGGUCGUACGCUCAGGCUUCUCGAAACCAAAACGACCCUUCAAGCACUCUUCGGCCCAGGAUCAGCAGCAGCAGCCCUUCGAGGGGAGGAAACACGCAGAACAGGGGCACCUCCCCUACUUCCUCCAAUGUGGCUGACGACGAAUUGAGGACCUUCAGCGAGGAGUUGCUCAGGAGUGACUCCAACAAUGCUGCCGCGUUGGUCAGGGCCAACUGGCAGGGCAGGACUUACGGGUCAAACACGGCCGACUUGGCUCCUCAACCGUUGUUGGCGGUUCAAGCAAGAGCUCUUCAGGGCGCCACCACAUCAAAAUUGAAGCUUUUGUACGAUAAUUACGAACCUGACGCUGGCAAUGCUGAAGUUGUGACUGCCUAUGAGAGGGACGAGGACAGAGCCUUUUUGGAUGCUGUGAUGGCCACCCAGGUCAUGGCCAAGACCAAGAAAUUUCUAGUCGACAAAGGUUUGAUCGAGAACGCUCCUGGGUCGCUGAAAACCAAAUUGCAGCAGUUGUGGUUCACAAUGUUCCCGAGACUGGGCAGCGGCUCUCCCAUUGGCUCCAGCGCUUUUGAGCACAUUUUCCUCUCGGAAGUGCGGAAGGGUGAAAUCUCAGGCUUCCACAAUUGGCUGUAUUUUGCACACGAAGAGAGCACAGGGAAGGCAAACUACCUUGGACACAUCAGACACAUCGACCUUGGAGGACGUGGUUCUGUGGUUAAGCAUCACUUCACGUGGGGAAAUAUUACAAAGCCUGUGGGGUCGAUGUUCAUCGGCACGAGCCCCGAACUGGAGAUGGCCCUUUACACGGUGUGCUUCAUGACAAGACCGGACAACAAGUGUCCCGUCCGCCUCGGAGGAGAGCCCUUCUUUAUCAAGACUCAUUCUUUCACAUUUAGGGGAAAUAAGUACAUAGGCAGUGCUUUCCCUGAUAUUUAAACACAUUUUACAAAGAUAGAUUUAAAUGUGUUUUAAAUUUUUUCAAAAAAAUUGAAAUGUUUUGUAAGAUUUCAAAGAUUGAUGUGUGAUUGUUAUUGUAAAAUAUUCUCAAUUUUUUUCCAACCUCUUACAAAGUUCACAAAGUUGUUAUAAAAUAUUGCUUAAAUCAUAUCAAUAAGCCAAAAAGUUUCUGUCUUUCAUAAAAUAAAAUAAAUUCAUAAUUUUUGAUAUAAAUUAUACGUUUCAAAUUAAACAACAACCAACAACUUAAGUAAUUAUUCCGGGCAUAUUGAAAACUCCGGAAAACUCUUAAAGCUAUAUUUUUUUUUUAAUAAUUUCUAUUUGAAUUAAAAUAAAAAUUAAUAGAAAACAACCAUUAAAAUGUGAUAAGCAAUUUAAUUGAAAUCAUCAACCUACGUCUUUUGUCUUUCAUAAAACAAAAUAAAUUUAUAAAUUUUGGUCAAACAAAAAAAUGUUUCAAAUUAACGCAAAUUAAGUCGCAUAAUUUCAUAACAAUAAUAUUGAGUGAUUGAAAAUUUCAUGGAUUUUUUUUUAAUUAUAAAUACAUUACAUGCUCUGUUGAAGUACUAAUUUGUCAUUUUAAAAAUAAAAUCCAUUCUUCUAUUUUCUUUAUUAUAUUUAAAUUUAAUUUUGUAAAAAGUCCAAGUCACGUUGGUUUAGCGGGGCCUUCGGUUUGAUUGAAAACACUGCAGUACUGCACAUGCGCGCCAAAUCAGGCGCGCCCGCAGCAUGUGAUUCACAUGCUCGUCUUCCCACUCUUCCCUGAUGAUUCCAGUUUUCAAGUGACAAUGUGCGGUGCCGACGUGUUUUGCGCGUUGCAAAAGAGUAAACAAGAACAAUUUAGCGAAUUCUCGAGCUCCAGGUGCGUGACUGUGCAGGUGUGCAUCAUUUUUUGAGCGUCGAGCAUCCGUGGAAUGCUUCGGUGCAAGUAACGGACAAUAUUUACCUUCAAGACCUCUCGUUGUGACAUUUCGCGUGUGGAAUGUGUGGAUUGUGCUUUUUUCUGUGACGGAGCAAAGGUCAAACAAGAUGAGUCUGCGGUCUGUCCUGUCCAACCUGUCGAAGGACAUUUUCAAGGAAGUGGAGGCCAUCGUCGUCGACGAGGGGAAAUUAACGGACGAGGCGAUGCUGGCGCUGAAUUCGGUGUUCGGCGCCGUCCUGGAGCGGGCGCUCGCCAUCGUCGACAAGCCGAACUCGGUUUGCGAACUGCAGUCGCCGAUCGGAAGAAAGCUGGUGCAGGUUUCGGGCACGUCCAAAGGGGUGUACACCCUGUACCCUGAGGAGAACUACUGUCCGUGUCCGGCGUUCCAGUUCUAUGUGCUGGGCGCGAACGCCAGCGAAAUGACGUGCAAACACGUCCUGGCCGCGUGGUUGGCGCGGAUUCUGGGCAAGGCGAGGCUGCUGACCAUCGGCGAGGAAACGAUGACCUCUCUGCUCACCUCUUUGCUCACCGAAGGAACCAAAGACUCGUGAAGUGCAACGAACGAUCGGGCGGCUUCGUUUGAUGAUUUUCUAAAAAAUUUGCUCAUUGGUCGGUCACUUAUCGCACUUUCAAGCCUAAUUGGACAUUGUGUAAAUUUAUAUAGAAUUUUUAAUUAUCAAGUCUUAUCUGAACUAAAUAAGAAACGAGAUUGAUAGAUUUUUCUUUGUCAUAAACUUUAAUUGACAAUAUCAAUUAAAAAAGUUGUCCCUUGAGGAAAAUUUGUGCAUAGAGGGAUAAAAUUUUGUCUUUUUUAUUAAAAAAAAAAAAAAAAAAAAAA